AUGCCACCAGGACUAGAUUACUUCACGCAACCCCCUCAGAUGAUGAGCUCAGCAGCUGUGAAGCCCGGCACGCCAUCCAAGAUUGGCGGCCAGGGCGGGCUGUCAUCCAAUCCUCUCAAACAGCUGUGGCGCCACCCCACAAACCCGUUCGCCGAGCAUCGUGGCUGCACGACACUUCGCAGCAGAUACCUCGACCUAGGAAGGUCCUACUCCGUUGGUCAAACGGAUCCGGAUUCGGCCCCACCCUCGAUGAGUUCAUCAGCUAUGCUCGGCCGCUCUCGCCCACAUGGCCAUGCCGGUAUCCAACACCGGCCCUCUCGACCGAGUAUGUUGAGCGAAAUGUCAAGCGAAAGCGCCCUUGGGAAAGUCAAAGAAGUGGAUGAUGAUGAAGACGACUCCGAGCACGUGUCCGAACUUCAUUAUCAGAGUUCUAUUCAUCAGUCGGCGGAGGCAAAGACGAUUGAGAUGCUCGCUCGAGAAAACGCGAUGCUGCGCCAACAACAGUAUCAUAAUGCUCGGCUACGGCCUCGUUCUUCUACGGCUGCUGCUUAUGGCAUUUCCGGUAGUUACACCCUCCGGGAGACCGUGCCAGAGGAAUCCGAGUAUGCGAUAGAUGAGCUGGAUGAGGCGAACGAUGCUGUCGACUUGUCGAACCCGAGGAGGACUUUGAACCGAAGGAUGAGCGAGUUCGGACCCAGCGCAUUCCGUUCGCCCUUCGGCAUGGACUCGCGUAAACACGACUCGGUAAAGAAAGGCAUCUGGCACAGCCAGCUCGGGUUUAGCGGCCUUGGUGAUAUCCCGCAGAGUCGCCGCCAUUCCUUUGCGGAUGUACCCACAAGGCAGGCGUCGAUCACGUCGCUCAAUGACCAUGCCGCGGCCGCGGCCGCUGCUGCUGGCCUUGAUAUCGGGUCUCAAGAUCCUCAAAGUUCGCAGGACUACCCCAGUGCUUAUGGAGAUGGGCCCGCGUUUGUUAUGGGCGGUGGCGGUGCUGGAAAUGGCCCAGUCAUGGCGCAGCAGUCAUAUAACGGGCAGUUCCCGUCCCCGUAUAGCCUCCAGGGAUCAUUUAACAACCGCGCAACCUCGCCUCACCGCACUCUCUAUGGCAUGAGCCAACCCCGCCAAAACCAACUGCUGCACAUUGUUUACUUCAAGUGUUCGCGCGCCGACGUCUUCUACAUCCAAGAGGGAACUGGCCUAACAGUCAAGCCUGGCGAUCUCGUCAUCGUGGAGGCCGACCGCGGGACGGACAUUGGGACGGUGGUCCGGGACAAUGUCGAUUGGCAGACCGCCAAAGACCUCAAGGAAUAUUAUGCCGAGGAGCACUACAAGUGGCUUAUGAUGUACUCUCAGAACGCCGCCGCCGUUCAAGAAGGUGACUCGGCUACUGGCGAGCUCAAGCCGAAGCUUAUCAAACGUCUGGCGCAAAGCCAUGAGAUCCAUUCUCUCAGGGAGAAGGAGGGCAACGAGGCCAAAGCUAAGCGCGUGUGUAUGCAGAAGGUCAAGGAGCACGGCCUGAACAUGGAGAUCCUCGACGCUGAGUUCCAAAUGGACUGGAAGAAGCUCACCUUCUAUUACUUUGCUGAUUCGUACAUCAACUUCAACUCGCUUGUGACAGACCUCUUCAAGAUCUACAAAACCCGUAUCUGGAUGUCGGCUGUCAACCCCGCAUCUUUCGCGAACCCCACCCUUGGCCUUCAGGCGCCCAGCGGCAUUGGACCGGGGGCUCCGCAGCAGCAGUACGGUGCAAUGGGUUUUGGUGCCGGCCCCCGCGCCACCACCAACAUGUCGUACUACACCGCGAGCGGCCCCAAUGGGGACCCCUACGGCGCAGGGUUUUCGCCGCAAAAUGACUUUGGAAGCAUGAGACGAGUUCCUGGCCAAGGGCCAAAUCCUGGUCCCCAUGCUGGCAUGUCGCCCUUGGGCGGCCAGCAAGACUGGGUCUCCUCCUUCCAAGGUCUAUCCCUCAACACUCGCUAG